AGGCGCCUCCGGAGCCAAACGGUGAAAGAUUUCCCGCCCCCCAACCCGGGUUUCCUCCAACUUCCCAUUAACGGGACUGGGAAGGGGAGCUUUCCCGGGUCCGGUCCCUGGGGUCGCCGCUGAGCUCAGCUAGUGGGGACUGAAGAAUUUGCUACAUUUGGUUACAUUUCCAGGCGACCCCAUCGUCCGACAAUGAGCCGGUUAUACGAUUCCAUAGAGCCAAACGUGAUCGAUGCCGAGAUUCUUGGGCGGGCCGUGGAGGAGCAGGGGCCACAAGACGAAGCAGGCCAGCUGGCCAAACAGGAGGGCAUCUCUUUCAAAGACGUGACCCACUUGCAACUGGAUUUUCAAAACAUCCUUAAAAUCGACAACCUGUGGCAGUUUGAGACUCUGACUAAACUGCAGCUAGAUAACAAUAUCAUCGAAAAGAUAGAAGGAUUAGAAACUCUGACUAACCUGAUCUGGCUGGACUUGUCCUUCAAUAACAUUGAAGUCAUAGAGGGUCUACAAGCCUUAGUCAAAUUAGAAGAUCUGAGCUUAUUUAAUAAUAGAAUCACCAGGAUCGAGAAUAUGGACUCAUUAGUAAAACUCCAGAUCUUCUCCGUAGGAAACAACGGUAUUAAUGCUUUGGAAAAUGUGACCUACCUGAGGAGGUUUAAAUGCUUACGCUCGCUCAACCUUUCUGGGAACUUCAUCUGUGAACAUGAAGAUUAUAAAAUGUUCAUUGCAGCUUAUCUUCCUGAUCUAGUGUAUCUAGAUUUCAGACUCAUUGAUGAACACACAAGAGAACUUGGAGAAGUCAAAUACCAAUACACCAUCGAUGAACUGAAGCAGAGCGAGGCUCAAUACUUGAGCAAACUUGAGGAGGAGGAAGAGAAGCAAGCAGAGCUGGAUCUCCAUAAGGCAGCUUACGUCGAAUACCUGAAUGGAUCCUUCCUGUUUGACAGCAUGUAUUUGGAAGAUACUGAAGCGGCAAAGCUGGCUUAUCUGCCAGGAGUUGGGGAGCUUCUUGAGACAUACAAGGCCAAAUUUGUCAUCAUCUGCCAAAACAUAUUUGAAUACGGUCUGAAACAACAAGAGAAGAGGAAAAUUGAAGUUAAAACCUUCAACGACUGCCUUCAGGAAGCCAUAGAGGACAAUCAAAAUCAGGGGUCACAAAAAAUCAUAGAGUUUGAAAAGGCACACCAAAUGGUUUUGAGUGAUAUUCAAAAUACGAGUGAUAUGCAACUUGCCGAUACUAAAAUAAACGAAUACAGCGAAGAGAUCAACCAGCUAUUUGAUACCCUCAUGACUCUGGAAAUGCAAAUUGUUGAACAGAUAGAGGAAACAAUAAAUAACUUUGAAAGGAACAUUGUGGACAUGGUGGGACUCUUUGUUGAAAAUGUACAAGGCCUGAUGGCCCAGUGCCGAGAUCUUGAAAACCACCACCAUGAGAAGCUGUUGGAGAUCGCAAUCAUCACCCUGGAGAAAAUAGUCAAGAGCGAGUUUGAAGAUGACCUGCCAGACGAUGUCCGAGCACUCUUUUCUGAUAAAGACACCAUCGUUAAUGCAGUUGGAGCAUCCCAUGACAUCCACCUCCUGAAGAUUGACAAUCGAGAAGAUGAUUUAUUCACCAAAGUCAACAACUGGUGUGCCGCGACAGUCGAAAAGGUCCACAGCGAUGAAACGAACAGGAACCGCCGCCGAGUGAAAGAAAUCAACCAAUAUAUUGACCACCUACAGAAUGAGCUGGACAACCUAGACAUUGAUUUCCUCUCUACAAAUUGAGCCCACCUGAUAUUCCUCCUCCAGCCGAGACAGAAGCACAGCCUCUUCUACCGUAAGGUGCCGGUCGAUCAACCCCAGGGACAGGACCAUAGACUUCAACUGUGUGAUCACAAAUUCUAUACCUGGAGGACCAAAGGGCAAAAAUCUUUUAAUGUUUGCCUUUGCCCCCGUGGUAUACCAGUUCCUCCACGGUGGAACGGGAUAGGAAGAUAAGGAACUAAAAUGAAAGGGUGUAGGGGAGAAAGUGUAAAAAUAAUUAAAAAAAGGUGACUAAAUAACA